AGAGCACAUCCUUAUGAGGAACCGGGGUAUGAAGUAUAUAGAGUAGAGGAUAUUUGACCUCCUUGAAAGCAAGGAGUAACAGUAUAUCGCAACCCGUCGCAGCGUUAUCUAUACAAAUGGGGUGACUCGUGGAACUGGGUUGAUUCUCAUGCAGUUGAUUGCAGUUGCCCCCCUAUCCAUAUGGCGACUUUGUUUCCUUAGCGAGGAAAAAAUUGGGACCUAAAAAAUGUGAGAUCUGUCACCGGCCUCUUCUAAUUGGCCAAAAAGUAACCCUUCAAUUCCACCGACGCUGGUUAACCCCCACUAACACAAGCUGCACUACAUGAAUGCAGUCUUCCACGACUCUUGGAAAGCAUAUAAGUUUAGGUCUCUGCAGUGACUCUACCUUUCUAAACUAUUAAGUCUUGAUACUAAAUUUAAUUUCAAGGCAUUAGAAGUGGCAAGUCGUAUAUAACAACAUUGCAUGAUUAAAAUUCCUAUCGACGACCAUGGAGAGUUGCACAAAGAGCGACGACCCUCACCUCCCUAACACAGAACAAGUACAUGUUCAUAUUCAACCUCCGUCAGACAAUGACAUAGAAAAAGGCCGCCACAUCAAAGAUCAACCCGACGAUGCAGCAAACUCGCCGAAGCAAUCCGUGUUCAAGUCGCUCGGUUGGCUGGACCGCUUCCUCGCUAUCUGGAUAUUCCUCGCGAUGGCCAUCGGGAUCAUACUAGGCAACUUUGUGCCGGAGAUAGGUGACGCCUUACAGAAAGGUCAAUUCGUCGGUGUCUCGGUGCCAAUAGCUGUCGGAUUGCUCGUAAUGAUGUACCCCAUACUAUGCAAGGUGCGAUACGAGACGUUACAUGAGAUAUUCUCGCACCGCGGCGUCUGGAAGCAGAUUGGAUUUAGCAUCUUUAUGAAUUGGAUUGUCGCUCCGUUCCUAAUGCUAGCACUUUCAUGGGCAUGUUUGCCAGAUAAGCCAGAGCUUCGUACAGGUCUAAUCCUGGUUGGUCUAGGUAGAUGCAUCGCAAUGGUACUAAUAUGGACGGGUUUAGCCGGUGGUGAUAGCGAGUACUGUGCUAUUCUCGUGGCAAUUAACUCCAUUCUCCAGAUGGUAUUAUUCGCUCCCUUGGCUGUUUUCUUCAUUCGUGUGAUCAGUCGCGAAUCCGGUCCUCUGGACAUCUCGUAUGAAGUCGUUGCGACAAGCGUGGGAACUUUUCUCGGUAUCCCACUAGGUGCGGCAAUGCUGUCACGCUUUGGACUGCGCGCCUUGGCUGGUUCGCAGUGGUACGAUCGCGUCUUUCUAAAAUUCGUCGCGCCAUGGUCUCUAGUCGGCUUGCUCUACACGAUCUUGGUCCUGUUCGCUUACCAGGGUCAACAAGUCGUCCACCAGAUCGUGUCAGUCUUGCGAGUUGCCGUUCCACUCAUCGUGUAUUUCAUCGUCAUCUUCUUUCUGACGCUCUGGAUCACGUAUCGGUGCGGAUUUGGGUAUUCCCUCGGCGCUACGCAGAGUUUUACUGCUGCCAGCAAUAAUUUCGAACUUGCUAUCGCUGUGGCCGUUGCAACCUAUGGUCCUAACAGUGACCAAGCCCUGGCAUCUACCGUCGGGCCGCUUAUUGAGGUACCGGUACUGCUUGGACUAGUGUACGUCGUCAAGGCAAUAGGGAGUAGAUGGGCCUGGAAGGACUGAUUUGUAUGGUACUAAAUUCGAAUCAAGACAUAUUGUGUCCGUAACUAAGUAAUAUCAAACACAUUUACCUAAA